AUGGCACUGAGAUUUUCACUAGUCGGCUCUGGACCAGCUGCAUUUUUUACUGCAAAAUCAUUGUUGAAAUCCAUCCCAAACUGUAAAAUUGAUAUUUUUGAAAAAUUCCCUACACCUUAUGGAUUAAUUCGAUAUGGGGUAGCUCCAGAUCAUCCUGAAAUAAAAAAUGUUAUUACUGAGUUUUCACAAUUAGGGCAAUUAGAACAAGUAAGAUUUUUUGGAAAUAUUAAAAUUGUAUAUACUAUAUAGGGAACUGAUAUCACACAUAGUCAAUUAAUAGAAAACUAUUCAGCUGUAAUUUAUGCACAUGGAUCCAGCUCUGAUAAAGCACUUGAUAUAAUAGGUGGACACUUAUCAAAGUCUGCAAGAUCCUUUGUUGAAUGGUAUAAUGCGUUGCCUGGCUGCGAUAGUUUCAGUUUGAAAGGAAUCAAAAAGGUCGCAAUUAUCGGGAAUGGCAAUGUUGCAAUUGAUUUAGUAAGAAUUAUGGGAAGCCCUAUAGACCGCUUAGAAAAAACUGAUAUUUCUAAUAUAGCGCUUGAAGAGUUAAGGAGCAGUCAAAUAGAAAAUAUUGAAGUUAUAGGCAGAAGAGGAGCAAUUCAAAGUGCAAUGACUGUAAAAGAGCUUAGGAUGCUUUCAAAUAUCCCAGGAAUUUCUAUAAGAGUUUUUGAGGAUGAGAUCAGAGACAGUCUAAAUGAAAGCAGUCAAAAAGAAAUUGAUGUGAAUUAUGAUAAAGAACAUUUUGCCAAUACCAGGGCCAGAAAAAGAUUAUUUGAUUUAAUUAAUUCUUUCCCAAGAGAGCACAAAACAAAUUCAAGAGUUAAGAUUGAUUUUAGGUAUUUAUUGUCUCCCAUAAGGUAUGAGCAAGGCAUUUUAACACUACAGAAAAAUGCAUUGGUAGGGAAUAGUUAUAAACAAAUUGCAAGGCCUUUAGAUUCGACUAUAGAAAUUCCAUGCGACCUUUUGUUCCGUAGCAUUGGAUAUAAAGGAAUUCAUAUAGAUGGAGAGCUACCUUAUGAUAAUAAAGAAGGAAUUUUAAUUAAUACAGAAGGAAAAAUUUCAGAAAACACUUAUGUCUCAGGAUGGGCUAAAACUGGGCCAUAUGGAGUAAUUGAUGCGACUAUGAGGAGCUCAUUUGUAAAAAAUAUAUAGGAAACUGCGGAAACUAUCAUAAAAGACUACAAUAAAGGAGUUUUCACACCAAAAGAAGAUAAAAUACACAAAAUUUUAGAAAAUAAGCCUGUUGUGACUUUUCAAGACUGGCUUAAAAUUGAUGCCUAUGAAAUCUCACAAGGAAAAUUAUCAGGAAAACCUAGAGAAAAAGUAAAAAAUAUUGAAAAAAUGCUUGAAAUAGCUUUAAAUAGGUAA